UUUAAACCCUAAAACACUUCUCUCGGAGAGCCUCCAUCGACCCUCUCUUCAAUCUCUCACCCUCCUCUGUCCAUCGACCGCCGCCGCUUGAUCCGCCGAGCCACCGCCGCACGCUAGGUCAGCCACCAUAGUCGGCUGUUUCCUUCAAUCCAACUAUCUCGCUCUACUCUCUCCAUCACCGUAUCCAAGCCUGCAGUUUCUGUAACAAUGGUGAACAAAGUUACGAGGAAGAAGCACUACAGGCCUCCGGGGAAGAAGAAGGAGGGUAAUGCGGCGAGAUAUGUGACCAGGUCGCAGGCUGUGAAGCAGCUGCAAGUUAGCCUACCGCUUUUCAGGAAGCUAUGCAUUUUCAAGGGAAUAUUUCCUCGAGAGCCUAAGAAGAAAGUUAAAGGAAAUCACCACACUUACUACCAUUUGAAGGAUGUUGCUUUUCUUCAUCAUGAACCACUUCUGGAGAAAUUUAGGGAGCUUAGGGCAUAUGAGAAAAAGAUAAACAAAGCUGAUGCAAAGAAGAACAAGGAGCGUGCAAACUUUCUGAAAGUUCAUAGGCCUACAUAUGUACUAGACAGAAUAAUAAGGGAGAGGUACCCUAAAUUCAUUGAUGCGCUUAGAGAUUUGGAUGAUUGCCUCUCGAUGGUGCACCUUUUUGCAGCAUUGCCCGCACAGGAGAGGGUAAAGAUUGAGGCAAAGCGUAUCCAUAAUUGUCGGAGGUUGAGUCAUGAAUGGCAAGCAUUUAUUUCUCGAACUCAUAAAUUACGGAAAGUCUUUAUAUCUGUGAAGGGCAUUUACUAUCAGGCUGAGGUAGAAGGUCAAAAGAUUACAUGGCUUGCCCCUCAUUCGCUGCAUCAAGCAUUGACCGAUGAUGUUGACUUAUCCGUUAUUCUUAACUUCAUGGAAUUUUAUGAGACUCUUCUUGCAUUUGUGAACUUUCACUUAUAUCAUUCAAUUAAUUUGAAGUAUCCACCGAUUCUGGACCCUCAUUUGGAGGCUUUGGCAGCAGAUCUUUAUGCCUUGUCGAGAUAUUUUGAUGCCAACAAUAGAACUUCCCUAUUAGAUCCUCAAACUUCUGGUUCAUCUGGAUCAGAACAAGUUGGUGCUGAAGAGAAGUCUGAACUUAGACUAGCACAGCUUCAACACCAACUUCCCUUAAAUGAGCCAACCGCAUUGAUGCACCUUGUCGAAGAUGCAGCUGGUAAGGAUGAUGAUGAGGAUGAAGAUACCAGAGAGUGUAAGAAACUUUUUAAGAACAUGAAGUUUUUCUUAAGCCGUGAGGUUCCCAGAGAGUCGCUGCUUUUUGUUAUUCCCGCUUUUGGUGGCAUGGUUUCUUGGGAAGGAGAUGGGGCACCAUUUAAGGAAUCCGACGAGACCAUUACUCAUCAGAUUGUUGACAGGCCAACACAGACUCACAAGUUCCUCUCUAGAGACUAUGUUCAGCCACAAUGGGUCUUUGAUUGCGUAAAUACACGGAUUAUUUUGCCGACUGAAGCUUAUUUGGUGGGAAGGGUUCCUCCUCCACACUUGUCACCUUUUGUUGACAAUGAGGCAGAAGGAUAUGUUCCUGAUUAUGCUGAGACCCUUAACCGGUUGAAGGCUGCUGCCAGAAGUGAAGUCUUGCCAUUGCCUGGAGUUGGGAAAGAAGAUUUGGAUGAUCCUCAAACUUUAUUGGCUGAAGGUGUCAUUGAUCGAGCUGAGGCUAUUGAAGCUGCUGAGAAGAAACAGAAGAUGAUGGCUCAUGAGAAACAGUAUCACGACGAGUUAAAAAUGGAGCUUCAAGGAGUACAGUAUUCUGCAGCUAUUUCAAAAGUUGAUAAGCAGUCAUCUGAUCAGGAGAGUGAGGGUGGUGAGGAUUCCGCCCGCCCCGAUCAACAAAUUGCCGACGAUAAUGCUAAUCUGUCAAAGGUUGUGAUGUCACGGAAGAAGAGAAAACUUUACGAAGCUAUGCAGAUUGGUAAAGAAAGGAAGAAGGCUAAUAUUAAUGUUCUCAAGGAAAGGAAGAGAAAGCUUAAAGAAUCUCACAAAUCUUAGUAAGUCAAAUGCAAUGACAAUUUUGUCCCCCCUUAUUUGUAAUGUUCUCAUCUGUUGGAUGGCUAGUUAGUUUGCUCAAAGCAAACUCCUCAGGUCUGUUGAUUCUCAAGGUAAUGUUUGUCUUUUUAUGAACUAUAAAUAACAAUUACUUUCUAGUUCUAGAACUCAUUAAUUUCUUUGCUCAGUUCAUCCCUAUGUCAUUAUCAUCAGUCUUCUGAUUGAACUAAGAUGGAUGAAAAUUUUGAUUCUCAUUCUUGCCCUUCGUAAGUAAACAGAUUAUUUGGUCAUGUUUACGUAA